ACUGUAGCCAACGACUUGAGGCCGAUUUAACAACAACUUCAGCAGCCUCACUCUUUCAGUUCCUUCUGCCUCUCAGUCCUUUCUCAUUACUCCUCUCCCAACUCCCAAUUCCCAGCCUAUCCCAUGCAGAAUUAAAUGAGUCUUCUUCCAGAUCCAGAGAGGUAGAGAGAACGUAUGGAACAAGAUGUUGUUCAGCAAAUUCCUCUUCUGUAUCUUGAUUCUUUUCACUCAAGCUUUUUCAGCAGUAAAAUCUCAAGGUUUCCCAUGUAAAACACCGGCAAAGUGCCAAUCUCAAGUUGGUUAUUUACCAGGGAACGUUACAACUCUUUCGAAAAUUGCAACUCUGUUUGGAGUAAAAGACUUCAAUUCUUUACUUGGAGCUAACAAUUUACCACUUGAUACACCACCAAGCCAAUCAGCGGCUGUGAACGUGACUGUCAAAAUUCCGUUCACCUGUUCUUGUAACAACGGAACAGGAAUCUCGGAUAAAAGUCCGAUUUAUAAAGUAAAAACAGGUGAUUUUCUAGAUCACAUAGCGAGGGAUAUAUUUUCAUUGUUGUUUACGUAUCAAGAAAUUGCAGCCGUGAAUAAAAUUAGGAAUCCCGAACAUAUUGACGAUGGUCAAGUACUGAGGAUUCCUCUACCGUGUAGCUGUGACAAAUUGGAUGGAAAUCAAGUCUUUCACUAUGCACAUGUGGUGGUGCGUCAUAACGGUGACGGAGAUGUGGAAACUUUGGAUAUGAUUGCGAGGGAGCUAGGGGUUACAGUUGAAAGUAUAUUGAAACUUAAUGGUGGUAAGGAAGAGCCUGAUCCUGAAACAGUUCUUGAUGUUCCGUUAAGAGCUUGUAAGUCUACCGUAAGCAAUAAUACAUCUCCGGAUUUCCCGUUGCUAGUCCCUAAUGGGACUUACGCUCUUACUGCCAACAACUGUAUCAGGUGCAAGUGUGACUACAACAACAAAAACUCGACAUUGCAUUGCGAGCCAUCUCCUCCAGAGGUCAAAGUUCAGAAUUGGCAACAAUGUCCUUCUGUCCGAUGCAUAGGCAGUGGAGCCGAAGCCAAUGCAUCGAGUUAUGCGCUCGGGCAAAUAUCCUACAUAGCUGGUUGUGAUGAGACUAGAUGUGCAUACACUGGUUACAACAACCGGUCUAGGACAAUCUCUGCAUCCCUAGUCAAUGGAUCCAUAUGCCCUGACGUCACUCUGUUAGCCCUCAAACCACCGCCAUCAUCAACAAAUGCAACUACACCAAAUUCAAAGGGAAAGAACUCAUUCACACUUGCUAUUAGUAUAGGCAUUCCUUCAGUUAUUGCAGUACUUUCAGCCAUCGCAGUUUGGCUCUUCUGUUUCAGUAGAAAGAAACCAGAGGUGAAGAAAUUGGAAGAUGUCGAUGAUGAGAUUCGAAGCGCAGAAUCCUUGCAAUUCGACUUCAUUACGUUAAGGGAUGCAACAGACAAUUUCUCUGAAGCUAAUAAGCUUGGAGAAGGUGGAUUUGGCGCGGUUUAUAAGGGUACACUUGAGGACAGGCAAGAAAUAGCCGUGAAGAGGCUAUCAGAAAAUUCAUGUCGAAUUGAACAAGAGUUCAGAAAUGAAGUCAUCUUAGUAGCCAAACUUCAACACAGAAAUCUUGUAAGGCUUCUUGGUUUCUGUCUAGCCGGUGAAGAAAAAUUGCUCAUCUACGAAUUUAUGCCAAAUGCAAGCCUUGAUCAAUUCAUAUUCGAUCCAAUAAAAAGCACAUAUCUGGAUUGGGAAAGACGAUACAAGAUAAUAGAAGGAAUAGCAAAAGGACUCCUCUAUCUUCACGAGGAGUCGCGCCUUAAAAUUAUCCAUCGAGAUCUCAAAGCUAGCAAUAUAUUAUUAGACACGGACAUGAAUCCUAAAAUUGCAGAUUUUGGCACGGCUAGGCUUUUUGUGGUUGACCAAACUCAUGCCAGUACAAACAGAAUAGUUGGAACGCAUGGCUACAUGGCUCCAGAGUAUAUAUUGCAUGGGCAAUUCUCCGCGAAAUCAGACGUUUAUAGUUUUGGUGUCUUAAUUUUAGAGAUCCUUAGUGGACAGAAGAAUAGCCGUUUUCAGAAUUCAGAAAUGGCUCGGGACCUUCUCAGCUAUGCAUGGAGACAUUGGAAGAAAAACUCCGCUUUAGAUUUGUUAGAUCCAGUCGUUAAGGACACAUGUUCAGGAAAUGACGCGAUGAGGUGCAUCCUUAUUGGGCUAUUAUGUGUUCAAGAAAAUGUUGCAGACAGACCGACAAUGCGGAGGGUUUUCCUAAUGCUUAACAGCGACUCCGUCACUCACGGUGUACCUUCACCACCUCCAUUUUACACUGGUCACACUGAAGAGCAAGGAACUAUGAAAGGCAUGUCAACUACUGAAUAUGCAGCGUUGAGUGUGAAUGAAACUUCAAUGAGUGAACUGGAGCCUCGUUGAAAAUGUGCUACGCUACUACAUUUGCAUAUACGUUUGGAAAAAAUGGCUACAGACUUUCAGCGCAAACCGAAGCGUGCUCUUUUGGUAGUUCUUUAAACCUAUGCUAUGAAUCAUAUGGUAAUGGUACAUAACUCAGGAUGCUGUCUAUAGACGGGCAAGUACCGGAGUCCGUCCGGUAUCCGCGAUACAAGCAGACCAUCAGUAGUUUUAGAAAACUCUAGGUGCAUAAAUAACCGUACUAAAAAAAUUUAGUCAACAUUCGUGUAUAUAUAAAAAUAUUUGAAGGAUGAGUUUGUUUCUAAACCAAGAUAUUCAUUACAAUGAUCGUGUCAUAAAAACCAUUAUCUGCAGUUGCUUGUAUUCAAGGGUUUCUUCUUUCUAUA